UUUACUCUGCGAACACUAUGCGAUCUGUUUGCGAAUCCACUCCAGAACUUUAACUAAUAAUUUACAUCCAAAAUGUCUUCAAAAGUAUCACAACUGUUGUUAUCAAAUGCUAAAUAUUAUUCAAAUAAUGUAAUCAUUCGUACAUUUAAUACACAACCGAUUAAAUUGAGUGCAGAAAGAGUUCAAUCAGAAAAAGGUUUUAACUUUGAGUUGACAUCCGAGCAAAAGUCACUGCAAGAGUUGGCUCAAAAGUUUACCAAAGAGGAGAUCAUACCUAAAGCCGUUGAUUACGACAAAACAGGUGACUUUCCCUGGGAUGUCGUCAAAAAAGCACACGAAUUAGGACUCAGAAAUACAAGCAUUCCUCAAGAGUAUGGCGGACCAGGACUUUCUCUAUUUGAUACGUGUCUUAUCGGCGAAGCUUUAGGUUAUGGAUGUACUGGUAUUGGGACAGCCAUCAGUUCAAACUCUUUACCGCAAUCACCGGUAAUUUUGUUUGGAAAUCACGAACAGAAAAAAGAGUUUUUGGGACAAAUGACGGGAUCGGAGGUCUUAAAUGCCGCUUAUUGUGUGACAGAAUCGGGAACUGGAAGUGAUGUCAAUGGUGUUAAAACAAAGGCCGUCAAGAAUAAAGAUGGCGACUAUGUUCUUAACGGACAGAAAAUGUGGAUAACUAACGGCGGAGUUGCCAAUUGGUACUUUGUAUUAGCCCGAACUCAUUCCGACCCGAAAGCGCCGGCAAAUAAAGCAUUUACUGGAUUUAUUGUUGGAGCUGACAGUCCAGGUGUGAGUCCGGGACGUAAAGAGCUUAAUAUGGGUCAAAGAUGUGCUGACACUCGUGGCGUAACAUUUGAUAACGUUAUCAUUCCCAAGAAAAAUAUUUUGGCUGAAGAGGGAAUGGGAUUUAGAAUAGCUAUGGGUGCGUUUGACUUGACCAGAGCACAUGUAGGUGCAACGGCUAUUGGUUUAGCUCAGCGAGCACUCGACGAGGCGACCAAAUGGAGUUUUGAAAGGAAAACAUUUGGCGUUCCCAUUAAUCGGCAUCAGGCCAUCCAAUUUAUGUUAGCCGAUAUGGCUAUUGGUGUUGAAACGGCGCGACUGGCUAUCCAAAAAGCCGCCUGGCUUUACGAUAACGGUAGACAAAAUACUUACUGGGCAUCAAUUGCAAAAUGCUUGGCCGGUGAUGUGGCCAACAAAGCGGCCACCGAUGCCGUCCAGAUUUUCGGUGGCGCGGGUUUUAGCAGUGAAUAUCCGGUCGAGAAACUGAUGAGAGACGCGAAAAUAUUUCAGAUAUAUGAGGGAACCGCACAAAUACAGCGCAUCAUAAUUGCCAGGGAAUGGCUAAAAGAGACUAACAAAAAAUUGUAA